CAUCAUCUCACUCCUCCCUCGUCCGACGGUUUGUCUCCACGGUCCAAUUUCUGCCAACCGCUCUAGCUUCUCUAGUUCCCCAUCAGGUCGGGAUGCGCCCUCGAACCUCAAAACCGGCGUUCGAAAACAAACCUUUAUCAGGGCUGGAGCUCGGCCUCUCGAGCGUAGGCGUGGUUUUCUCAAAGCACCCACUCAGCAGAUUCCACGGCAUACUGUAGUCUGAUUACACCAAGCCAGCUCGACCAAGUGGACCGGCAUCUAGCCUCGAAGCCGCAAUUCUCCCCGUUCGAGAAGACUCACGGUUCCCGCAAUCCUGGUUCAUGCAACAUAACAUGGCUAAUCCCAUGUGCCUCAGCCCUCGAGAUGGGAUGACCCUUCGACAAGGAUCACCGCGGAUCAUGCAAAGAAUUCGCACGCUGCUCGCCCGUCGGCCCUCUCGUCUCCGUCUCCAUCCCUCUCCCUUCCCCCCUCUGGCCCUCUGGGCGUUGUGAGGCUGGUUGGUGGCGAUCAUGAGAGGAGGAGCACCUCGAUUGGAGCGGUCCGGAUGCGGAAUCCCCAGGACCCGCAAGUCAGCAGCAUCUCAUCGUGUUGCAAACUCACCGCGCAGGAAACCAUCGGGGUUGAGAUGCCAUGAUGAGGUUUGUGCCUGGUUCCUGUCUACGAUGUAGCUCCAAGGUGCAUACAACAUGCAACUCCCUACGACUUAUUACCUGCCUGCACCUGCGACGAAUGACGAGGAUUUACUUCCUCAGGAGGAUAUCUGCCCUGCACAAUGCCCAUGCAGCAAGCCUAGAGGCGACAGUUGCAUCGCGACGCACCUUUUUCUUCCAGCAGCCACUGUCAAACAAAACACCCAUCAUCCCUGCUCGUCCGCCGGGCAGUUAGUUAGCACUCAUCCAGGCAACAGGGGCCAGGAUGGAAACAUGGUCCAGGGGCCCAGUCAUUUUCACUUGUCAUCAUCGGAAAGUACCACCCUGGUGCAAGCGCCAGAGCGCCAGCAGCAUCGCAACCAAAUGUCUGUCUGGCCGCAAACAAUAUGGAUUUCGUCCGAAGCCAGCUCGUCCCGACUGUCACCGGUCGAUGUGUCGAUGGAGACUCGUCGCACCCAGUACAGUACCUGUACGCGCUGA